AUGGAAAAACAUAUUGGUUCCACCACAAUCAUCGAUGAGCCGUUCGAAUGGUUUGACGAUAGUAGUUUAGAGGUGUUUGCGAACGCCAUUAAGUCCGAAGAUGUCGAAAGUUCCACGGCGCGGUCACGGGCAAAGCGUAAAGUCGUGAACCGCAACCGUUGGACCGCUUCACAAAAGUUGCACCGCGACUACUUUUGUGAAGAACCGAAAUAUGACGAUUAUUUUUUUGAAGAUAGGUAUCGUAUGCCUAAACGACUAUUUUUAAAGAUCGUGCAUGAUCUUGAGUCCAGAUAUGAGUAUUUUCAGGACUCGUAUGAUGCCCGGUUAGCCAAGAGUUUUUACACCGAUACAGAAGUGCACAUCUGCCAUCCGGCAACUUGCAAUCGUACCGAAUAUCUGCGUAAACCAACAACACAUGAUCUCCAUUGUUUGUUUGAAGCAAACGAAGAGAGGCAUCACUUGCCUGGAAUGAUCGGUAGUCUAGAUUGUACACAUCUUGUUUGGAAGAUGUGUCCAAUGGAGUGGAGGGGUCAAUACAAAAGGGGUAAUCAUGAAUACCCCACUAUUAUGCUGGAAGCAACGGCGUCUCAGGAUUUAUGGAUAUGGCACGCCUUUUUUGGUCCUCCGGGUGCUCUAAACGACAUCAAUGUGCUGCAACAAUCUUCCUUGUUCCUCUCCGAGCGUUUGGGCACUGCUCCUUACUGUCCAUUCACUGUAAAUGGGCGUACUUAUAGACGUGGCUACUAUCUAGUCAAUGACAUAUAUCUUACAUGGUCUACGUUUGUUAAAGCGUACAAAUACCCUACCGACCCGAAAGAAAAAAUGUUCAAAACGGCACAAGAGGCGGCUCGCAAAGAUAUUGAACGGGCAUUUGGUGUUCUAAAAGGAAAAUGGCAUAUCAUUGAUCGACUGUUUCGAAAACGACCACUAGGAACAAUAAGGAAUUUGGUGUAUGCAUGUGUGAUUCUGCACAACAUGAUCAUUCAGGAUAGUGGUCGUGCGAUUUGCCCAGUUCAUAUAGGAGAUCCAGUUGUCCACCCAAGUAGUAAUCGGGACGCCUUACCGGAGAUACAGGACGAGGAGACACAUUUCCGUCCCCGGUAUGAUCUGACAGAGCAUCUAGCGGGUCUAAACUUACCACACCUCCAGCCGAAAGAUGAGUAG